UGUUGUUAACUUGAUUUAUUGCAUUAUAGAUUAUCACUAAUGAAGAUCUUGAAGAGUUAAAGGAAUUGGGUUCUGGAACAUUUGGGACCGUAUAUCAUGGAAAAUGGAGAGGGACUGACGUUGCCAUCAAGAGAAUUAAAAAAAGCUGUUUCACAGGUCGCUCAUCAGAGCAGGAGAGAUUGCUAUUUCAUGAUAGAACUUGGGAACUAUUUCCAGACUGUGGAGUUUUGGCGUGAAGCUGAAAUUCUUUCAAAACUACAUCAUCCCAAUGUGGUGGCAUUUUAUGGUGUUGUGCAAGAUGGGCCAGGGGGGACUCUUGCCACAGUAGCAGAAUUCAUGGUGAAUGGUUCUCUUAGACAUGUUUUACUUUGCAAGGACAGACACCUUGAUCGUCGCAAGAGGCUCAUAAUUGCAAUGGAUGCUGCAUUUGGAAUGGAAUAUUUGCACUCAAAGAAUAUUGUGCAUUUUGAUCUGAAAUGUGACAAUUUGCUUGUCAACUUAAAGGAUCCUUCUCGACCCAUUUGUAAGGUGGCUGAUUUCGGACUGUCAAAAAUAAAGAGAAAUACCUUGGUUACUGGUGGUGUCAGGGGAACGCUUCCUUGGAUGGCUCCAGAACUAUUGAAUGGUGGCAGUAACAAGGUUUCUGAGAAGGUCGAUGUCUUUUCCUUUGGGAUUGUGCUGUGGGAAAUCCUUACUGGCGAGGAACCUUAUGCUAAUAUGCACUAUGGAGCAAUUAUAGGUGGUAUUGUAAGCAACACAUUGAGACCGCCUGUGCCAAGCUUCUGUGACAGUGAGUGGAGAAUGCUUAUGGAACAAUGUUGGGCUCCGGAUCCUGCCAUCCGCCCAUCUUUCAGUGAAAUUGCUAGACGCUUACGUGCCAUGGCUGCUGCCUGUCCAACAAGACCACAAGCUCAUCCAACCCAAAAUAAGCAACCCAAGUGAUGGUGUGGCGUCUUCUUUCCUGGUAUCUGUGGCGGAAGUUUCUUAUGAGUAGUUUCUAAGUAUAGUCUGUUUAUUCUGUAACAUUGGAGUGAGGAGAGUGGUCUCCUUCAGGGUGUGAAACAACAUUGUGAAAAAACUAAUGAACGAUAGAUUAUAUAUAUUCCCGUUAAAAACAUGAAAAUCUUGUUACAUAUUGCAAUUUGUAAGGCAUCAUUUGUAUCUAUGAUAAAUGGAAAUGUAGCUUUGGCCUUAGAAA